AAGAGUCGGCUAAGGGUUGUGAACAUUUUUGUGAUCAUUUUUCCUUCAUCGGGAAAAUCACCAAUCGUGAUAUAUGUGUGGUUUGUCAGUGUGUCAGUUCAAUUUGGCGUUUGUCAGUCGAGUAAAGUGUUCCACAGUGAAUUUCGAACUGAAUACGUAACCUGCGCUUGUCGGAUGUCAUCCAGCAAAUUUGACACAUGGGCUACUGUUACUGCGGGUGCCAGUGUUAACGACAACAACCUGCUUUUUGAUAGAAACGAUGUUAAAGAGGGACUUUCUUAGUCAGCUUGAGGAGUAAAGAGUGCAGCCAGAAAAGAACAACUGUUGUAAAGCGAUAGGUGAUGUUACCAUGGAUCCAUCAGCGUUGGUGAAGAAAAAACUGAGCCCGGAGGAAAAGUGUUUAAUCUGUCUUGAGGUUGGAUUUGUUCAAGAUUGGUUGAAGUCCACAAAAUACUUGGCUCUGGUGGAAAGACAUAGGGACCAUGCGAUCUUUGUAUAUUCUAGCAGCCGUGUUCCUUGUUUGGAUGCGUCAGACCUCAGUCUAGAUACAGUGCUGCCCAUUGAGAGAGACUUGCGGUGCACAGCAGAAAAACCCCAAUAUGAGCCUCCGAAAACGUCUGAGCCUCAAAAGAAAGAAAAGAAAGCAUCAGAUUUGGGUGUAUCCAUUAAAAGCUCCAGAGGCAACCUUCUGCUAGAACUGCCCCAAGGGUCACAGACGGACAAGUUUUUAUCAGAACUGCAAAAAUCUAGGGACGUGUUGCUGAAGUCCAAUGGUCUUCCCUCGUCGUUCUCAUGGAUUGACAAGUACACAAAGCCAGGAGUGAAAAACAGUGGGAAUGUGUUUGCCACAGAUGUGUUUGACCCAUUAAAACAAGGUGGUUCUCAAUCAAGCGCGAGUCAGUCAUUAAAUAUGAAUGACUUGCUGGGUUUGCAUGUAGGUAUGGAUGUGCCAGUAGAUAAUACCCCUAAUUAUAUGUAUCCCGCCAACGCUUACCUCCCCUUGACCACCACACAAAACCUUUUGUCAGCCCAGCAUAGUGAAAAGGACAAGGAUAUCCUGCCUAUAGUGGAUGAUCAUUUCACAGAUCCUUACCUUCAGAGUAAACUGUCACCAGCAGUCAGCAAGGAUUCCCUGGACUCAUGGGCACCGACAAAUCCAGACAGUGUGGAGAGCAGUCUUCAUAAACAGCUGGGCUUGCCGACUCCUAAACCUGUGACGGCUCGAGAAACAUUUGUCAAACAUUACAUGGCCGACAGAGAAUCUGAGUUUGUCAACACAGAGACCAUUAGGGUAUUCUGUGGCACGUGGAAUGUGAACGGUCAGGCACCCGCUGAGAACCUUGUACCCUGGCUGUCACCCGAUUCCCAGCCCCCAGACAUCUAUGCCAUAGGAUUUCAAGAGUUAGAUUUGAGCAAAGAAGCAUUCAUCUUUUCUGAAUCUGCAAGAGAAUUAGAUUGGAAGAGAUUUGUAGAGGAAGCUUUGCAUCUGAAACAAAAAUACAAAAUGGUGAAACUCGUUCGACUGGUUGGGAUCAUGUUGAUUGUCUAUGUAAAAAAGGAUUUAUGGAAAAAUGUUACUUUGGUGGAUUCUGAGAGUGUUCCCACAGGAAUUAUGGGUAUCAUGGGCAAUAAAGGAGGCGUGGCAGUUAGGUUUACAGUACACAAUACGUCAUUCUGCUUUGUCAACUCUCAUCUGGCAGCACAUCAGGACGAAUGGGAAAGGCGUAAUCAGGAUUAUCGAGACAUCAAUUCUAAGAUGAGAUUUAAGACAUUUGUCCCUCCAUUGACCAUUUCAGAACAUGACGUGAUAUUCUGGAUUGGGGAUCUCAACUACAGAUUGUCUGACAUAGAUAUUGAUAGUGUUAAAUCCUUGAUAUCUAAGAAGGAGUAUGACAAACUUUUCCGGCAUGAUCAGCUAUUCCAACAGAUGGGGCCCAAUUCUGAUAUAUUCAAGGGUUACAAUGAGCAUGAAAUUACAUUCCGUCCUUCCUACAAGUAUACGCCUGGCUCAGAUGAUUGGGAUGGCAGUGAGAAGAACCGAGCUCCGGCCUGGUGUGACAGAAUCCUGUGGAAGGGCAGUGGCAUUAAGCAGAAGUACUACACUAGUCAGCCCAAACUCCGAGUCUCUGACCACAAGCCUGUCCUGUCCUUGUUUGAAGUAGCGGUGAAAGUGAUUGAUCAAGUACGAUACAAGAAAGUGUAUGAGGAUGUGAUGAAGAAAUUAGAUAGAUUAGAAAAUGAAUUUUUGCCUCAGGUGAAACUUGACAGAACUGAGUUUGAAUUCAAGAAUGUCAAGUUUUUUGAGCCCCAAGUACAGGUCUUGACUAUAGCCAAUACAGGACAGCUCCCUGUGCAGUUUGAAUUCAUCAACAAGUUAGAUGAUGACAGUUACUCCAAACCCUGGUUGACAGUUGACCCAGUUUUAUCUACUAUAAUGCCAGGCUACUCCUGUGAGGUGGAGAUCAAGGUGGAGGUAAUGAAGUCUGCAGCUGGUCUACUGAACUCAGGAGCUGAAACCAUUGAAGACAUUCUAGUUCUACAUCUGGAUGGUGGCAAAGACUUCUUUGUCCCUAUCACAGGUUCCUACAUCCCCAGUACAUUUGGCUCGUCUUUAGAAGCCCUUAUACAGAUGCAUGAGCCCAUUCAUGAAGUCCCCGUGGCACAACUUAUAGAUCUGGAAGCUCCUGGUAGUUUAGAGAAGCGCGUUUGUCACGAUGAGUUGGACGGACCUCCAUUUGCUGUUCCCAAAGAAAUCUGGCGACUGGUUGACCACCUUAAUAAGCACGGAAUCCAACAGAAUGAUCUGUUCCGGUUACCUGGCCUGCACAGUGAGGUCAAACAGAUUAGGGACUGCCUGGACACAGGAAUACCAGACAAAGUCCCUGGCAGCGUGCAUUCUGUAGCAGAAGCCUUGCUGAUAUUCUUACAAUGUCUUCCUGAGCCGGUAAUCCCGUACAACGUCUACAGAAAAUGCCUGGAUUCUUGUACUAACUUCUUUACAGCUAAACAGGUAUUACAGGAUAUCCCAGAACACCAUAAAAACGUGUUUAAGUAUCUCUGCGCUUUCCUUCGAGAGCUUUUGAGGCACUCUAAAGAAAAUGGAUUAGACGAGAAGUUCCUUGCGUCUUUAUUCGGAGAGAUAUUCCUGCGGGCACCCAACUCUAUACACACGGUCGACUCAAGAAACAGUUCAGCGAAACCGGACCGUGAUGAUCCGGACGAAAGAAAACGCGCGGCAUUUGUGUACUUGUUCCUGACAAAUGAGUACGACGACUGAUCUCUUGAUCCGGGCCAAUUUAGCCACGCUGGAUUGUGGGAGGAAUCAGCCUGCUGGGGAAACAGGCCAGAUAUGCUGGGAGAAGUGGACAUUAAAAUACCCAAGUGAUCCACACUGUAGACGGUUCACAUUGUCCGUGGACUUGCGUUUGUUGUCGUUGUACGGAUUCUAAUUGCAAUGAUGUAACUACUUAAGGUUGUUGUGUAAGCUUCUAACCCUACACCUAUAUGAGCUGCGUGAUUUAUACAUCUGUGUUUUCAUGUAUAUAAAUAUUUAUAAAUAUGCAUUUAUGGAAUAGUUCAUUUAUCUUAAGGGUGUAUAUAUAUUUUACAUCGCAUUAUUGUAAAUGACAAUCUUGCGAACAGAAGCUAUCGUUAGGUCACAAAGUUACAGAAUGUAUUUAUUUUUAUUCCUUCAUUACUUCACAUAGUUUUCUAUUUCAUGUAGAUCUUCUGAAAUCUAUUUUGUUACGAGUUAUUUUAUGUUUAUUACAGCUUGAGGUGGGUAUUUUAUGUGUCAGUACACUUCAUGAGUUCAAGUGAAAAUUUUUUGUGAACACCAUUUGUAUACAGAUGCUUACAGCCUUUUUAUUUCAUUUUUUUAUUCUUGCUGAUUGACAGUGUUUUUCCGCUUUUAUGGGAUCGUCCUGAGCGUUUGUCAGGUCGGCCUAGUCUUGUAAAGUGUAUGAGGUUCACACUCGAUGUAGACGAUGAAAUUUUUAUAAGGUACAAGGUGGCGCCACUGAUCGUCUUUCUUGGACAUGGCUUUCAGUGAUGAUGCAGGAGUACAGCCCGCCUUUGUGGUACUUCUCCCCUCUUUUUGUGAAAGCCUAACGUGAUACAUACAGCGAAAGAGCUAGGCGAAAAUGUUAUUACCGGCCCUUUAUAUAAGUGUGGCCAAGCCUAUUAAACUGGUUAUAUAAAAAAUCAUUUUGGCUGAUAUAGUUACCGCUAAUUAAUCAUAGAGAUAUGCUUUUUUUUUUUACUGACUAGAGUAAAUGUUUUAUUCAGUGCUUCGAUCCACUCUUGUCGGCACUGAAUGGCUAGCGUAAUGACCGCAAAGCACGUGUUCCUUCAAGCCGCCUGACUGCGUAAGGAGAAGACAGGGCCGAUAGCCGUCUCUUCCCUCCUAGCCUGGGUUGGAAUGUUUUCUGGGACCGAGCUAUCCAGUUGUUAAGUGGUGUUAUUGGAUUGGAGAGGAUUGGCUGUGUUUCUUUCGUCUGUAAGGGCAAGAAUUGUAGCACGGCUGAACGGGCCGUUUGAACAGCUGCUAACUGGGACGUUUUCACCCAAGCACAAUUUAUACCGUUACCAGUUGGGCAAAAUAUUUUAAUGGUUACUCGUUCUGGCCAGGAAUGGAACUUUAGGAGCGCUACUCGGCCACAAAGCGGACAUCUCGGGCCAGACCACCAAGGAAUUUAAUCCGCGUUGUACACGCUGUCUUGUCGGAAUUCGUUCUAGCAUCAUCGGGCGUAUCAUCGGUAGUUAUACAAGGCGUUGUUGCUGUGUUGUGCUGCAACUAUCUGGCAAAGAAGUUCGUGUCUCGGAGGUUAAUAAAAGUUUUUUUGACAGCUUCCUUAAUGUACCCUAAAAUGUUGGUUUGUUUUGAUGGAAGUAAUAAAUCAGAGGGAAAUUGAAGCGGUAUAUUGGUGUUCGCCGGCUGACAACGACUCCAAUUCUCAAAUGACCGGGAAUAAAUCUGGCUGAAUUGUUUGCACAUAUGACAGACCAUCUCCAGCAGGCCGAUGCUAUCUUAACUUGUUACAGAGACUCUUCUAGAUCUAGACCCGGCCGCUUUAGAUACUAGCAGUCCGCUGAUAGAGGAGUUUUUCUCCAAAAAUCUGUUUAAAUAACUAAGUUUUGUGUACGAACACCAAUGUAGUUUGCUUCCGAACUUGGAUCUGACAGUCAUUUGGAUCUACUCGCUGAUGACUCGCCUCUUCCAUUCCAUCAUCCCAGGUAGGCAAUCUGCACUAAAUAGAAUUCUACGUGGUAGGUGCCAAGGUUUCCUUGUGUUUCUGUGUUUCAGCUGUAGCCCAACAACCAUCAAUGUUUGAAUGAAUGAUGAAUAUUUUAGAUGUACUACUAUAUAUAGCAGUAGUCCAGUCAGUUGUAUUGUUUUUAAUAGAAUGUCCUCCAUAGUCUGCCUUCCUAACUCUUGUGAGGCAAGUCAUUUAGGAUGGGUAUAAAAAGACUGUUUGAAGGAUUUUCGAUCAACCUUGACCCUUGCGUUGUCACGGGGUUAAAACAGGAUUAAGGAACUACUUUAAGACGGGAUUUAGUAUUCUUCGUUGUGACCUACAGCAACACAUGCCAAAGACCCAUUUAUGAAUAUACGUAAUCAUCACGAGGUAUGUAAUGUUUAUUUAUACAGACAUCCAACUGCACGAAUCUCUAGUUCUUUUUUUUAUAAACUGUUUGUACAAUUUGUCAAUCCUAAUAGUGUAUGCCGUCAUUUCACAGUCGAAGAACCCAUUUUAUGAAGCAGUCAAAAGGGCGUUCGUCACGUAAUAUACUCAAUAAAUGAUUGUUACACCAGUACAUGGAAAUAUAUCGUUCUUUCACCAGAUUAAAAGUACUAUCUGUAGAAAACGAAGUAUACAAGGUUGUCCUGCUGUAGGUUUUAACUUUGCGACUGGUAACGCGGUACACCGCUAUUUGUCAGCAUUUGUGAAACCAUCAUGUUCUAAUGUACUGUUAUCGUUUGAGAUUGUUCAUGGUGUUAUUGGACCCUGCCUUGCCUGUGUUGUGCAAAGCAGUACCUCUGGUUAUUAUAUGGUAAUUGCCUUGUAAAACAUAGCCUUCUGGUGACCGUUGACGGGUACUGAUCUCUUAGAUCAUACCUCUAUUAAUCAAGUAAACCCUGGCAGUCUAGGCAGUACACCAAGGCCUGAUAUAUGUCGGAAGGGCCCGGCGUGGCAACUGCUGAUAGCUGUUAUGCUGGACCUUCUCCAGGGACUGUAUAACAGUGUAAAUUUGUGUAACCUUCCGCAUGACCAUAACCCAGUUUGUAGUAGCAAAACUGCCUCUGGCUCGAAGCCAGAAACAAAGAUGUAUGUUCACAACCUUUUGUACUAAGUUUGCCUGAAAACUCACUGCAUUGAUAAGUAUACAAACCAGUGUCCUUCGUGUCUUCAAUCUUCACUGUGUGUUUCUUUACCUUUUACCGCUAAUAAAAUACUGCCAGUGUCAGAAAGUCAGUGUGCUG